AUGAACUUGUUAAAAUUUUACAGCAAAGUACCAAAAAUAAGUUCGGCAUCUCAAAAUCCAUCUAACAGAGAAGAAAAUGCCAAUCAAUCAGAUUUUCCCUCGCAUUCUUCUAUAAGACAAGAAAUUGAUACAAUUGCUCCACAAUCCGAUCCAGCUGAAAGAACUCCAAUAUUGGAGUAUCAUCCAAACCAUCGCGAUGAAAUAAGGAGGGCAUACAUUCAAGGUGGUCCUUGCCAACCUCGAUAUCAUGACUUCCCUCAAUCUGACUUUUUUGGAUUUAAGCGUCGUUUUAAUCCUAUAUGGUUUGAUGAUUUUAAUUGGUUGGAGUAUAGUGUAAGUACCGAUGCUGCAUAUUGUUUACCUUGUUAUUUAUUUAAGGGCGAAAGUAUUCAUCACGGUGGUGGUGAUAUUUUUUCGAGUAAAGGGUUUAGGAAUUGGAACAGAAAAGAAUGUUUUAAGAAACAUGUUGAUUUGCCAAAUAGCAUUCAUAAUAAAGCAAAUAGAAAUUGUGAUGAUCUAAUGCGGCAACAACAGUCUAUUAUUGUUGCAUUUAACAAACAGUCUGAUCAAAUUAAGCGUGAGUAUUGGCUUCUCUUAAAUGCUUCAGUUGAUGUGGUAAGGAUUCUCUUGAAUCAAGGAUUUGCAUUUCGCGGUCAUGACGAAAGUGAAACGUCAUUAAACAAGGGUAAUUUUAUUGAAAUUCUUUCAUGGUAUGCGGAUAAAUGUGAUAAGAUUAAAUCAUUUGUGUUGAAACUUGAUGAGUCUAUAGACGUGUCACGCAAAGAGCAUUGUUCAUGUUAUGUCGAUAAAAAAGGAAGUGUGAUGGAGAGAUUUAUUGGCAUUGUUCAUGUUCGGGAUACAAGUGCUUUAUCUCUAAAGAAAGUAAUUGUCGAUGUACUUGUUCAUCAUUCUUUAAGUUUAUCUUCUAUACGUGGACAAUGUUAUGAUGGGGCAAGCAAUAUGCAAGGUGAUAUUAAAGGUCUUAAGAAGUUGAUUAAACAAGAAAGUAGAUCGGGUCAUUCUAUUCAUUAUUUUGCACAUCAACUUCAACUAACUCUUGUUGCGGUUUCUAAGAAGUGUGUUCAUGUAGGUGAACUUGUAUUAUUGGUUUCAAAUAUUUUGAAUGUGUUGGGAGCUUCUUUUAAACGUGUGGAUGAAUUUCGAGAUUCUCAAAAUGAAAAACUCCGAGAGGCAUUAGAUAUGGGUGAACUAAAAACAGGUAGAGGCUUGAAUCAAGAAUUUGGUCUUGUUAGAGCCGGUGAUACUCGUUGGGGAUCUCACUACAAGUCAUUUGGAAACUUUAUUCAUAUGUUUGGCUCUAUUGUUGAUGUUCUUGAUACUCUCGUUGAAGAUGCAGGUACUUUAGAUGAUAGAGCUAAGGCAUCGGGGUAUCUUGAAGCUUGUCAAACAUAUAAGGUUGCUUUCUUGUUGUAUUUAAUGACAGAUAUUUUGGGAAUCACUAAUGAGCUGAAUGUAUCCUUACAAAAAAAAGAGCAAGAUAUUGCAAAUGCCAUGCUACUUGUUCAAGUAGCAAAGAAAAGAUUGCAAACUUUAAGGAGGGAUGAUGAAUGGGAUUUGUUUAUUGAUAAAGUAUCUAUAUUUUGUAUCAAGUAUGAUAUUUUGGUGCCUAAUUUUGAUGAUCUAUAUGUUAACUCUGGAAGAUCACGGCGAAAACCUGCUGAUUAUACUGUCUUUCAUCAUUAUCGUGUUGAUGUAUUUUGUAAAGUUCUUGAUUGGCAACUUCAAGAACUUAAUGAUCGUUUUGACGAAGUGACGACUGAUUUGCUUCAUGGAGUUGCUUGUUUGAAUCCAAUUGACUCAUUUUCAAGUUUUGAUAUCAGAAAAAUAAUGAAGAUGGCUGAAUUGUAUCCUGAUGACUUUGAUGAAUUUCGGAUGAGUGCUCUUGAGAAUCAACUUGCGAGUUACAUUAUUGAUGUUCGUGAUUUUGAUGAAAGGUUCUCCAAUCUAAAUGGGCUUUCUGAUCUUUCAAAAAGAUUAGUUAAGACAAAGAAGCAUUCAGUUUAUCCUCUUGUAUUCCUCUUAGUGAAACUUGCGUUGCUUCUGCCUGUUGCCACUGCAACCGUUGAAAGAGCUUUCUCGGCAAUGAAGUUUAUCAAGAAUGACUUGCGGAAUCGAAUGGAUGAUGACUUUUUAAGCGGUUGCAUAGUGCCUUAUGUAGAAAGAGAAGUAUUUAGUAUUGUUUUUAAUGAGUCUAUUAUAAAAAUAUUUCAAGAGAUGAGGCCUCGUCGAGUACAAUUGUAA